AGUUUGACAUUAUUUCACAAAAAAAACAGAUCUAAUCCCCGACCGAAUAAAAUCUUUGUAAACCCCAAACGGCUUGUCAAAGCGUCCCAUCACUAAAGCCAGGUACGCCCGAGGCUAACGAAGCUAAUCUGCGCUCGAGUGUCGACAAUUCGAGACUCAACAACAGAAAAUAAGAGGGACUUACUGCGAGUAAUGCGCAUCAACAUUCUAAUUUACUUACAAUUAUUGAAAAAUAAUACAAGUUUCUUUGUAAGAAACCACGAUUACGUCAAAGUCAAACUUGUCUACAAGAAUGCACGCAAAAUUCCAUCUAAAACGCAAACAACGUCAAACAUAACCUAUAAACAAGACAAUGCAAACAAACAACCAUUCUAACUGAUAUCACACAAUCAUUUACAAUUUCAGUCUUACAAUGAAGAACGUUUGAAAAGUCGACAGAAAUUGUAAAAAUUGAAAAUCGAAGACAAUGUACACUUAUCACAUGAAAGAAAUGUUGUACGUGACAACUUGUAAAAAAACAUUGAUAAAAAUUAGUCUGUACGGCUCUUUAUUUCUCAUGGGACUAUUGGUAUCAUUGUUACCCCACAUUAUAAUAAAUAAGGAACAGAAAACACAAAUGAAACGCUUCCCAACAGAUCUAAAGUACGUAUUAUUUUGGUAUCCAGAUAAAAAUAGAAGAAAAGCUAUCACUAACAGUACGGAAUUUCCUGUGGGGCAAACGGCAUUUAUCGAUCAAAAAUGUCCGUAUGUGAACUGCUAUAUUUCGUACAAUAAAUCCAUAUUAGCAGACGAAAGUAACUUCGACGCAAUCGUAUUCAAUGCUCAAGAUAUAAGCAGGAUGUCAUUGCUUAACUUAACUCUACCUAGAUCGCCAGAACAAAAAUAUAUAUUUCGGUCCCAAGAUCCCGCUGAGAAACAUCCUGUAUGCCAUAGAAUUUUCGAGGAUUUUUUCAACCUAACAUGGACUUACAAAUUAAAUUCUGAUAUACCGCAGCCCUUUAUUAAUAUUUACGAUAAGACCAACAAAUUGAUUGGACCACGGAGAAGUGUAAUUUGGAUUGAAAAGAUGAAUCACAGUGACAGUUUUCGUAACAAAAUCGAGGGCAAAAAUAAAGCCGUCGCUUGGAUUGUAACAAAAUGCAGAACGAAAAACAGUUAUUCUGAUUUUAUAAAUGAACUAAGAAGUGAAUUGAAAGGGUAUAAUUUUACUUUGGAUAUUUUUGGUCCGUGCGGUGACAUGAAGUGUCCGGGACAAAGUAUUUACUCAUGCUACAAAAUGAUGGAGAAGAAGUACUUCUUCCAGUUGGUUGUCGAGGACGCUAUGUGUGAAGACUAUGUCACUGAGAAGGUGGUGAAAGCUCUGACUCAUUUUAUUAUACCUAUUGUAUAUGGCGGUGCGAACUAUACAAGAUUUUUACCGCCUGGCUCCUACUUAAACUUCCAAGAAUUCGGUAUAAAGAAGCUCGGCGCUAUAGUAGACUUCCUCAUCAGGUCGCCACAGACAUACGACUAUCUCUUCGACUGGAAGAACCACUACACAUACUCUGUGAAGCCCAGGAGCGACAUCUGCGAUCUGUGUACGAAACUGAAUGACAAUGAAGUUAGUCCGCCGCGUCACCAUUUUAGACAUUGGUGGUACUCUGAUUAUAAGGACGUGUGCGAUAGAUUGAAAAUUAUGACCUUGUUAAAUUGGAAAUAAGUAAUUUGUAUAAACAUAAUAUACUAGAAGAAUCGAGCAUGGGACAGUAUAGCACAUAUUUCUGGGUAACUAUUCCGAAAAAAAGGGGCCAAAAGCUACUGGGUCCACAUAGUCUAGACUUAAAUAAAACAACUGUACAGUAAGUAAUGUAAUUUGUAUUAUUGAUUGUAAUGUGAUUUGAUUAUUUUAUUAUAAAUACACCAAGAAUAUUA